AUGUAUUCCCAAAGCAGAAACUUUCACAACCACAAUACACACUUCAAUGAGUGUAUGUUUUUUAACCCGGAGACACCUCAGCAAAUUUGUCCAAGAGUGUGGUUAGGACCAUACAACGCGUUGAUAAACAAAACAGAUAAUUAUGACAGCAACUUCCUAGUUGAGCACAAUAUCAAGAUAAUCAUCAACUGUGGGACAACAUUGCAGUUCCUUGAUUUGAUUGAAAACAAUAGAGAUGUGUCGGUCCCAUCUGAUGUAUUAAUUUUAAGUUUGGAUCCUUUCUUUCAGAGCCAUGAUGAGCUUGCUGUUAACUUUGUCCAAAAGUAUAGUCGAAUAUUGACAAACUACUUGAACUACUUUUAUAAAAGUAAUCUAAAUGCAGCCAAAUUGAUUGAACAACUACCGAACUCAACUGAUCGUAUCCAGAUAUCAUCACCUAUAUUGUGUGGGGCAAACUUGAUGAUGCAAUUUUUCAGUCUAAUUAAGUUGAUUGAUUUAUUCAAACUGGUCAAUCAAGAGAUGGAAGUUUUAAUCAUAUCACAGGAUGGCAACGAUAAUUUGCUGACAGGACUUAUGAUUGCGUACUUGAUGGAUACUUAUCGCUACAAUUUAUUGAAUUCAUUCAACAUGAUCAAAAGUAGAAGACCGUCGAUUUACGAUUGGUCAAGUGUUGAAUAUGACGCUUUGUUGAAACAGUUUUAUGCUCAGAUUUGUGAAACAAAUUGCCCUACUUCAAUGGACACAAUCAAGAGAUCACCGCAGGAAGAUGACAAUGAGGUGUUAGCAGGUGGAGACAGAAAGAGAAGAUUUUUGAAUUAG